CCUGAAUGCCCCUCCCCCCGUUUCCUCUCUGGAGUCCUGCACCCAGACACCGUCACCAACCAACCUCCACUUCCAGAGCAUUCUAAUGCUCAACCAUCCAGACUCGACUUUUCCCUUUUGGCCCUUUUAUUGAGGCACCAACAAAACAGUCUUCGAUUCCAAUAGCCGGGCCGCUCUGUCCUGGUCUCGUCCUUGUCUGAGGAGCGAAGAGAGGCCCCCCCCGAGUGAUUCAUACUGGCAGAGCCUCUCAACUCACUUUACCUUACCCUACGUUGACCUGUUCCUCCGAAUCCCCGAUCGUUUCCCCCCCUCGCUCUCAUUGCCCUCGCCCACUUGCUCGCUCCACCACCACCACCACCCACACUCCUCAUCCCCCGCCAACCACCGCCCCAUCUCUCGCGCUGCUCUCUUCUUUGCUCCGUCGAAGAAAAGAGGGUUCUGCGAGGAAGAAGUGUGUUCAAUCACCCUCCAAUCACCGCGGAUAGAGACUUCCGCAUGGACAGCGUCUUCGCCACACCCAGAGUUAGCCCCCGUCUCACCCUCUCUGCCCGGCAAGAGGAGCUUCUCUCAAAGGCUCUCAAUUCCAACAAGCAACCAACCGUCGACCUCUCCUUCCCGCUCUCGAAUCCCGCUCUCCCCAUGGCUCCCGGCUCCUUUUCAGGGUCGCCCUUGCAAGCCCCCGGCUCCGGUACCCUGAACGGCUUUGAAGAGAGCCCUUUCAUCGACUACGAUUACGAAUUCGACGCCGACGGAAGUUUCGACUAUGAUUUUGGCAACGAGACUCAGGGACAAAUGAUUGGCAAAUUGCCCGGCACCUCUUCAGAUGGGGAUGCCGAUGCCCACGAUAAGCGUUCACAUCCCGACGAUGAAGGUGAAGAUGAAGAGGGUGGCGGCAAACGGAGGGAAGGCGACGAGAAGGCAUCCAAGAAACCCGGACGGAAGCCCUUGACAUCAGAGCCUACCUCUAAACGCAAAGCCCAGAAUCGUGCUGCUCAACGCGCAUUCCGCGAGCGUAAGGAGAAACACCUGAAGGAUCUGGAGACCAAGGUUGAAGACCUCCAAAAGGCAUCGGAAUCCGCAAACCACGAAAACAGCAUCCUGCGUGCACAAAUAGAGAAGAUGUCAAUAGAGUUGCGCGAGUACCGGAAGAGGUUAUCCUUGAACGGAAACCUCGCUCGUACCCCUUCUCUGAAUAAUGGAAUGCAGCCUUACAUGGCCGGCAGGGGCGUUGCCAGCACCGGUCUUAGCAACCCCAACGAUGUCAAUUUCCAAUUCGAGUUCCCUAGAUUUGGCCGGCUUCCUGGACCGCCUAACAGCGGUUCUUCAGUCGUCAACGGCACAAAACAACCCACCACAUCGCCAACUUCCACAACACAAAAAAUGUCAAGUGCUGGUGAGAAGGCCCAAGUCAGUCCGCUCAAUCAAACGCUGCCAUAUCCGUCUACCAAUGGUUCCAAUGCUGGCUUAAAGCAGGCUGCGCUUGACGGUGGGGACAUGUCUAGCCUUUCCGGUCUUUUCAGUCCCGCGCUCCUCGACAGCGUUGGUAAGAGUCCUAGCUUUGAAUUCAUCUCGAACGGGACGAACGGAUCAAAUGGAUCAAGGACGAGCACAGAUUCCAAUGGACAGAUAAGUAACGGCCAAAGCACAUCACACAGCUCACCUUCAGCUUCAUCAAACUCAAACCAUGGGGCGAGCUCAUCUUGCGGUACUUCUCCAGAGCCUUCUAUGCAACAGUCGCCAGUCUACGGCAAGCCCUCCGACGCCACGCUUUCAACCAUUGGCGAGGAGAACUGCGCCAAUGCUUGUAGCGAAGGUGAGCUUACCUUCUGUGAACAGCUUAAUAUGGCUUGCGGCAAUCCAAACAAUCCUAUCCCACGUACAAUGUCUGAGUCUAGUUCAGGGAAUAUUGAAAACCCCGCCUUCGACAUCCAUGGGAUUGACUGGUUUGCUCAACAAAAUGGAAACCAGUUUGAUCCACAGCUUUUCGGCGAUUACCGGGAGCCACAGGAUAACAUUCUCUCUGCCGACGGCUUCAAUGAUAGCUUCUUCAAUGAUGCAUUCACCCUCCCAGAGUUCAAUACCCCAUUCAACCUGCCGCCAAGUCCCGCGGCAUCCAAGAAGGAUCUUGUGGCGCAAAUCGACGAGAAACAGAAUGAGGAAGAAGAGGUUGUGCCUGCAGAGGACAGAUCGCAAUUGCUCAACUGCAAUACAAUCUGGGAUCGUCUGCAAGCUUGCCCCAAGGUCAAGGAAGGCGAGUUCGAUCUCGACUUGCUUUGCAAGGAUCUCCAGAAGAAAGCCAAGUGUUCGGAGACGGGCGCCGUUGUCAACGAGUCCGAUUUCAACAAGAUCAUGAAGUCAUAUGUUCAUGAAGAUACAGUCGGAGCGCACAAGGCUUAAUCGGCCCCACAAUCAGGAGGCAUUUUGUACUAAUGGUGUGGCUCGCGCAACAAAAGGAGCCAUCAGUUGAUGUGCCAAGGAUAUGGAUCAUGGUUAUUAUGGCGUCGUGGUCACACUUGACCUUGGGCGGUUUUUGAGGAAUGAAAUGCUUAUGUUUCAUCGGAAUUUAGCUGGUGCAGGGCUAGGUAGGGGUCUUUUGGUUCAUGGGUGAAAUGAAUGGCCAUGUGUUGGUUGGAGUUAAACUACUUAUCAUCGCUACAUGCCAUAAAACAUGCAAAAUAAAUCAUAUAUAUCUUCUGUAACUCG